AUGCAAGAUGAAUUGAUUCUGAUAGACAAGCUCGAAGAUCAGAUCAUCGAUCAUCCGGAUGCAUCUACGAAAAAGGAGUUGCACGACUCUUUGGACGAGACGUUCCAGAAAAAGUUGAAUGCCCGUGCCGAACAGAUCAGAACAAACCAGACCUUUGACAAGAAGAGACGUGACGGAGGGCCGAUCCAACUGGGAUCCUAUCAAGAAACAUCUGGUUCAGUCAAUUUUCAAUUUUUGGUGACGAAAUCACAUCUCAAAUAUGAAUAUAAAGACUACGGUCUGAUUCAACAAGAGCUCAGCGAAUGGUUCACAUAUAAUGAUCUCCUGACCUUUGGAGGAGUCGAUGCGCUUCAUCAGUUGUUCGAGAGUAAUAGGAACCAAAAGGAAACUGACAAUAAUGUUUUGGAUGAAACAGAAUUGAUCAAGAAAUGCGUUUCUACACUCAAAAAGUAUAAUAUACAAGAGGGUAACCCAUCAUUGACUACAGCAUUGAAGAUAUUGCUUUAUUUCUCGUUUGGACAGUAUGGUGAUAAAGUGGAUUCGGAAGAGCAGCUUCAUCUGAUUGUAGAAAACAACAAAUAUCUUGUCUCUAUUGAAGCUUAUUUACCAUUGACUGAACUCAUAAAUAAACUCAUUCAACAUCAGAUAGAUGUGGACUCCAAGAGAGCCAACACUGGAUUGACCGCUCCAGUUGAAAGCGACUACUUUAUUGCCUUAACUUUAUUAUACUUUAUGAUCUGUACGAUGUUAUCGUUACCAGUAGAGACUCCUGCUGUACUUCUGUUCAAAAGUACUCUCGGACGCCAGGAUUUGCUUACGUCUAUCACAAAGUUCAUUGAAAAUUGGAAGUGGAAGCCAGCCAACUCCUACAGAAUUAGAUAUUUGAUCAUGAUGUCAUGGAAGCUCAUCCUUUUUGAGAUGGGUGACACGAGCCAGUUGAAAAAAUGUGAUGAUUUCUUGGUCGAGUAUCACGACAUUAAGAACAAAAAAGGGAAGGAUUUGCCAUCUACUAAAUUGACCUGUUCUCCUUUGGAUUACUUUGCUUUCAGAGAAGAUUUGUUGGAUAAGUAUCCUUUAUACAAUGACCCCAAUCUGAAAGUCUUUGAUUUCAGCGAGUUCCAUAAGCAUUUUGAUAAUGAUGACGAAGACAGUGCUAGCAUUUCAAGCAAAUUAAGUGGCCAGCUGUCCUUGGAUGAAAGAUAUAAGUAUUUUAUGGCUAUCAAUUCGUUCUCGAAUUCACUUUCUAACUUGGUAGAGAGCCCAAAGACAAACAGAUCUCACACAGUGUUUAGUCAAUUGCCAGCUCAAACUGUACACAUCGCUACACCCGUACCUUCGCCCAAAUUGAUGACGUCUGACUACAUGUCAGGAGGGGAAAAGAUUAGACGUUCAUAUCAAGUCAACCAAGCAAUGCCAUUUAUAUAUCCCAACGCGUCUGAUAUGACCCCGUGUACAUCUUCAGAUGGUGUAGAAGUCCCUUAUGCUAUUAAAGAAGCAAAUGAAAUCUUGAAAGAUUCGGUAUAUGAAAGCUACUCCAUCAAGAGACUCUGGGAUGAGAGACAACGUUUCAUGAAACAAGAGAGAGGUUACGUCAACGAAUAUGGCGACGAAGCACCAGAUGAAUUACAAGAAGAAAACUAUGACAAUAUCGAUUAUGGAUUUAAGUCUAGGUCUAGAUCAGAAAUAAGGUCCAUCAGAAGAGUUGAAGACUUCUAUUCCAAAAAUAUUGUCAGGCUCCACACUUUCAUUCAGGUUUUGGUCGAAACUAUCAAGAGCAACAGAAUGGACUACAACUUAAACUUUGCCGAAUGGGAACUUAACCCAGAAACCUCGUAUUUCAAUAAGUCUAAUACUACCACUUCUGAGAAUGGCAAAAAUGCCAAAACGAGAAUCGAAUACGUGUUAAUGCUGCAGUUGGAAGUGAUCAAUAUUAAGGAAAUUACAUUGAAAGCCAGCACCAGUAUUAUUAUCUUGUUGUUGAAAUGGUUCAAGAUCAGUCACGUCUUGAAGUAUUACUAUCUAUCAUCAAUUUUAUUCGAUCAGCAAUUCUUCACAAUUACCCUUGACUACUUAGGUAACGGGUUCAACAAUUCUAAUUUACAAAGUAUGGCAACAGCCGAUAAAAUGGAAGAUUUGACCGACUACGAAAUCCUAGUCAAUCAGAACAAACUUAUGAAUCCACAAAUCAAAAUACCCAAAUUUGAGUUCUUCAAUAAUUGCAUCAAAAGCUUCCCCACCGAAUACCAUUAUGAGUUGAUCAACAGGGACAUGACCAUGAACCUUCCUGAAACUGUAGAUGAAAACAGCGUCAACCAUAUUUAUAUCACGAAAUGUAACGAAAACUUUGCAUUCAUUCUCUCCAACAUUCUCAAAAUCAUAAACAAGAUCCUAAUCAAAAAUGUGACCCACAGAAUCUUCACUUUCAACGAACUUAAACCCUCCGAGCUAUACAAGAUGAUCCUUAUUAACUACGAUAAUGAGUCAUUGAGUAAGCCAAUAUUGAAAACACUAAAAAAGUUGAUUCCAUACCAGGGCCGGAAGUGGAAGUCCAUCAAUAUGGACUUGAUCAGUCAAAUAUAUCUCAACCUCAAGCUUUCGGUCAAGGACAACUGGUUGAGUGGAAAGGAUCUUGAAAGCGAUUUUAAUAAUUCAUAUGACCAAGAAAUUGCUCUUCGGGGUCUCUUGCAAUUCUACAACAUCCGAAAAUACCCAAAGCAGAUGAACUUAAUCGGGUACCAGAUCAAUAAGGAUUUAGAUAUUCCAGUGUUCAAUCUCAAUGAAGACGAAGAGAUAUUCUAA